AUGGAGCUGGGCAUUUUUCCUUUUAAUCUGGAUAUUUUUACCUCUCCCAAAUCGGCCGAUGAGGACGGGAAAACCUCUCCGACCACGGCAUCGCCCAGCAGUGUCCCUCCCAGCCUCCAUGCCUCUACAGUCAGCAGCAUCUUCAGUGCCCGACCUCCACAGCCUCGAGAAAGUGUCCUUGGCAUUAGCUUCAAGCCCUACAGCCCGGAGUCCAGCCCAGCCCCGGCCCCCUGCACGACCUGUGAGAGCACACGUAAAGGAUCCUCCAUGUUCAGAGCUCCCUGCAUGAGCCAGCGACGGCUUGCACUCAUCUUCUGCAUCUCUGUCCUCAUCGUGCUGCUCAUCGCCCUCAUCCUGCUGUUUAUGUUCUGGCGGUCGCAGACCGGCAUUGUGUACAAGGAGCCUGCCGAAAGCUGCAAGGACAGCCCUGUGCGCUGCGACGGCAUCAUCGACUGCUCCCAGCGGAGCGACGAGCUGGGUUGUGUGCGCUUUGCAUUCGAUGAGUCUUUGCUCCACAUCUACUCCAGCGCUGAGAGCCAGUGGCUGCCAGUAUGCAGCAGCGCCUGGGACGACUCCUUCUCCAGAAAGACCUGCCGGCAGCUGGGAUUUCAGAAUGCAUCACAGACUGAAUACAUCCCCCUGCACAUCUCCGGCAAGAGCCUCACCGUGACUGACGAGAGAGAGACCAUCCAGCAGAGCCUCAACAGCUCACAAUGUCUCACGGGAAAGUACGUCUCCCUCCGAUGCACAACCUGUGGGCAGAGGAUUUCUGGCCGGAUCAUUGGAGGAAAGGAAACCUCCGUGAGCAAAUGGCCCUGGCAAGUCAGUGUGCAGUACGGGCCGAUCCACAUCUGCGGCGGCACCAUCAUCGACGCGCAGUGGGUCCUCACUGCAGCCCACUGCUUCUUCAUGAACAGCAUGAAGAUCCUUGAUGACUGGAAGGUGUACGGCGGGGUCUCGGACCUGAAGCAGCGUGCGGAGGGCAUCCCUGUCUCCCAGGUCAUCAUCAACUCCAACUACAGCGAUGAUCAUGAUGACUAUGAUAUUGCGCUCAUGAAGCUCUCCAGGCCACUGACGCUCUCAG